GCCAAGACCCUGAGCUUGUGAUACCCCACGUGUUAGCGAGUCUUUUCGGUAUGUAUGUAUGUAUGUUAGCAGGUUUAUGUACCUAAGGUACCUAACCUAACGGCCUGAAGUAACUCACAAUUCGCAUUAAAUUAUUCCAACCUUUUAUCCGCCUUAUGCAUAGGUACGUAUCUACCUAGGUAUUUAAAACUAUAAGCUAUACCUGUUACGUGCUUAUCGCAACAACGCGGCCGCCAAUGCUAAUGCGCGCGGAAGCAUCCCAUCGCUAGAGACAAUUUAAUAGAGAUUCCCUUGAUUUGAUUUCCUUGUUGAUUGCUGGCUGUCUCAGCUCAUCAGCCUUUUUCCCUUCCUCCACCACUACCAUUCACUUUCCUCCCAUUGUCAUCCAACCAGCCUACCUACCUACAUAGGUUACCUUAAUCUAAAUUCUAUUAUCUACCUAAUCAACCUCCAAUUUUUCUCCUCGAAAUAUUCAAUAACAAUAUCGAGUUGUCUUAAUUGCCUACUUUGAUUGCGCCUAUAACUUAUCCGAUUUCCCAUCUCAUUCUAACGCGGGCUCGCUCCGUUUACGCCCUCUUACGUUUGAAUUGUUAGUAUUUAAACGUCGAACGCGAUCAAAGAUGGUGCUGUUGUCAGAUUCGUCGUCAAUCAGCUCUUUAUCAUCCGACUCGCCUGAAGCCGACAACGAUUUCGAUGAUACCGGCGUUGUUGAUGAACCAGCGCCCCCUCCCUCCAAACGACAGAAGCUAGGCGACAGGUCGAGAGCUUCCUCUUCCAUUCAUAUAGAACCCGAGCCCGAACAAGAAUCAGACCAUGAUCUCGAUGGCGAUAUCUCGUCGGACACUUCGGGUGACAUUCCCAAUUCUCCCAUCAAUGCUAAGCUCGAUGAAGACGAAUUUCAGGAGCAAGUUACGGUAUGCGCCUGGGACGGAUGUAGAGUAGGUGACUUGGGGAAUAUGGAUAGGUUGGUUAAACAUAUUCAUAACGACCACAUCGAGAGCCGUCAGAAAAAGUAUACUUGCGAAUGGAUUGGUUGCCCGAGAAAGAGUUCCCCACAUCCCAGUGGCUACGCAUUGAAAGCUCACAUGAGAAGUCACACAAGGGAGAAGCCAUUCUACUGUUAUUUGCCCGAAUGUGACCGUGCAUUCACAAGAUCCGACGCAUUAGCGAAACAUAUGCGAACAGUCCACGAGACCGAGGCUUUGCGACCAUCCGAUCCCGUACCCAAGUCAAUGCAGACCCAGUCCGGCCCUAAGUCCGGAAAGCUGAAGAUCAUAAUCAAGACCCCACAGUCGCACGCCGCAGGUCAAGACGAUGCUGUGGACGAUGGCGAUACCGGCUCGGACAUAGCAGACUUCUUUACACCCUUGACGGAGCAACAGGGUUUCUCCAGCAAGGAGCUUACCAUGGAUAUGAAAUCUCUGUACAAGUUGUGUGUAGCAAAUCUCAAGUGGGUAACGAAAGAUAGCGAGGCGCUGAAGCGACAGUGCAAACAAAUGGAAGAGGCAUACAGGCAGGAGUGGCUAGAAAAGGAGGCUCUAUUAGAUCAAGUCAUUCAAAUCGAGGAAGACUGGUGGCAACGACGCGAAUUAGUUCUCGAGGCAGAGGCAAAGACUCGAAUAGCUAAGAAGGGAGAGGGAAGUGUUGCGUUGGAGGAUACUCAGGAUAACGCCAACGCGUCGCAAGUUACUGCAGCCAGUUUAAGCCAGCUCACAGACUAAAGGCUUGAAGAGAACCUCCCCUUUCAAAAUAGUAAUGAAAAGGCAAUGCCAUGUAGUCCGCAUCUAUUGGUGGAUUACAGAAGGGAUUUAGAUAUCAUGAAUAGAAGCGCAUGGACGCGUUUAAGGUUUAAGGCAUUGCUACGAGGGCAUUCCCAAACUCCCAGGGAAUAUAAUAAUACAUCCAGCAGAAACGGCGUCAUUAGUUUAGCAAAAUAUACUAACUGUAAUUUCAUCCCCAGCAUGGACCACGAAGUCUGAGAAUACCUAAUUCCGUCAAAUUUCAAAGUUAGGUACUCUUGAAUAUCAAUAAAAUCGGCCCGAAUGUCUUUUUCAAAGUUAAACAUGUGCUCGAGGAAGCAAACUAUACAGCCCAAGUUAUAAGGCGAACACAACAUUGAACACUUGAAUAUGUUGC